GUCAUCCAAACCAGAAUCCCUUGCACAACAACACAACACGAACUCCUCCAAGUCUCAUCAACACUUUUAUCUCUCUGUCUCUCUCUCAGACAUUUUCUCCGUCUUCACAACUCUCCGCCGCCAUGAGCCACCGGAACUCUCCACCGCCGGCGCCUUCGAGCUACGUCACCGACCCAAACACGACGUUCGUCCAAGCCGAUCCCUCCAACUUCCGUACCAUCGUCCAAAAACUCACAGGAGCACCACACGACGCCGUUUCACCCUCCUCCACACAGCAAAAGCUUCCAUUAACGCCCAAGAAACCGGCGUUCAAGCUCCACGAACGGCGUCAAUCCGCGAAGAAGCUCGAGCUCAAGCUCAACAACGCCGCCGACAACGCCAACGACCCUUUAAGCCAUUUCCGUAGAGGCUUCCUCGUUUCUCCCGUGUCACACCUCGACCCGUAUUGGACGCGCGUGAGCCCACAUUCGGCGCGUGGAGACCAUCACGCGCUGGACGAGGAGGAGCAAAAGGCCAUCGCCCGGAAAGGGUUUUACUUGCAUCCGAGUCCGAGGAGUGGAGCCGACGCGCCUGAGCUUUUGCCGUUGUUUCCCCUUCAAUCUCCCAACAGUGCUAACCACACUGAUCAUCAUCAUUAUCGGGAGUCUUAAUCGUGGUUUAUGGUCCUAAUCAUAUGUUUAUUAGGUCGUUAAUCGUUGUUUUUAUUUGAUUACGUGGUCUGUUAGGGGUUAGUAUCUGGUUUCAACGUAGAUUUUUGUCCUUCGUUCUUGUUUACUCGGAAGGUAAACUUGUUCAUGCGUUGCAUUCCACGUCCCCUCUCCCGCGCGUGGCUUCGUAUUGAAAGAGGACUAUUCAUAUAAA